GGAUUGGGACACCCGAAUCACAUGAUAUGGAGGGGAUUGGAACACCUGAAUCACAUGAUAUGGAGGGGAUUGGGACACCUGAAUCACAUGAUUGGGAGGGGAUUGGGACACCUGAAUCACAUGAUUGGGAGGGGAUUGGGACACCUGAAUCACAUGAUUGGGAGGGGAUUGGAACACCUGAAUCACAUGAUAUGGAAGGGAUUGGAACACCUGAAUCUUAUGAUAUGGAGGGGAUUGGAACACCUGAAUCACAUGAUAUGGAGCGUUUUGGAACACCUGAAUCACAUGAUUGAGAGGGGAUUGGAACCCCUGAAUCACAUGAUAUGGAGGGGA